GGGCCUGGGUGCAGCGAGGCGGCGGGCAACCGGGAGGCUGGUUGGCGGGCGGGCAGAGGUGCGGAUAGCGUGCUCUACUAUCGGUGGCGGGCCAUGGCCGCUUCUACAGUCCCCGGUGGUGGCGGUGCGGGAGCUGUCCACUCCUCCAACGCUUCUGGCCUCGCCUUCGACUCGGGACUGGAGAUUAGAACGCGCUCGGUAGAGCAAACUCUUCUGCCCCUGGUUUCUCAGAUUACCACACUUAUUAACCAUAAAGAUAAUACCAAAAAGUCUGAUAAGACUCUGCAAGCGAUUCAGCGCGUGGGACAAGCUGUCAACUUGGCAGUUGGAAGAUUUGUUAAAGUAGGGGAAGCUAUAGCCAAUGAAAACUGGGAUUUGAAAGAAGAAAUUAAUAUUGCCUGCAUCGAAGCUAAACAAGCAGGAGAAACAAUCGCUUCCCUCACAGAUGUGACCAAAUGGAACCAUUUGGAGUCAGAUGGUCAGGUCACGAUUCUGACAGACAAAACAGGAGUCGUGCAGGCAGCCAGACUGCUGCUCUCCUCAGUGACAAAAGUGUUGCUGCUGGCAGAUCAGGUAGUCAUCAAGCAAAUAGUGACAUCGAGAAACAAGGUUCUUGCAACCAUGGAAAGGCUAGAGAGAGUAAACAGCUUUCAGGAGUUUGUUCAGAUAUUCAGCCAGUUUGGAAACGAAAUGGUGGAGUUUGCAUACCUAACGGGAGACAGACAAAAUGAUUUGAAAGAUGAAAAGAAAAAGGCCAGAAUGGCCGUGGCGAGGGCGGUGCUUGAGAAGGGCACGAUGAUGCUCCUCACAGCCUCAAAGACAUGUCUCAGGCACCCCAGCUGUGAGUCAGCCCAUAAAAACAAAGAAGGAGUGUUUGAUCGGAUGAGAGCAGCCCUGGAGAAGGUCAUCGAGAUCGCGACUGACUGCAGACUCAACAGAGAGACCGACAGCUCAUCUGUCAGCAUUUUUACUGGUAUUAAAGAGUUGAAGUUGAAUAUGGAAGCUCUUCGGGAGAAUGUUUACUUCGAGUCCAAGGAGAACCUUUCUGCUGCAUUGGAGGUCAUCUUGGAGCGUGUGGAGGACUUCACCGAUUCUGCCUACACCAGCCACGAGCACAGGGAACGCAUCUUGGAACUGUCUGCUCAGGCGAGGACAGAAGUGCAGCAGUUCAUUUCCGUGUGGAUGCAAGCUCAAAGCAGGAAGACAAAGAGCGCGGCCGAGGAGCUGGAACUCUCUGUGCUGAAGGUCAGCCACAGCCUGGACGAGCUGAGGAAAGAACUCCAUUGUACAGCCAUGCAGCUGGCAGCCGACCUGUUAAAAUUCCAUGCCGAUCAUGUGGUUUUAAACGCAUUAAAAGUUACUGGAGUAGAAGGAAAUUUAGAAGCUUUGGCUGAGUAUGCCUGUAAACUCUCUGAGCAGAAAGAACAGCUUGUUGAGACAUGUCGACUGUUGCGGCAUGUAUCUGGCACAGAACCCCUCGAGAUAACGUGCAUGCAUGCAGAGGAGACAUUUCAGGUGACUGGCCAACAGAUCAUUUCUGCUGCUGAAACACUGACGUUGCAUCCGUCCAGCAAAAUCGCUAAAGAAAACCUGGAUGUGUUUUGUGAAGCGUGGGAGUCUCAGAUUAGUGAUCUGGCGACGCUGCUAAGAGACAUCAGUGAUGUGUUUGAAGGACGACGAGGAGAGAAGUAUGACCAUCUUUCACUUCCAAAGCCCAUGAAAAAUAAUGCAAACCUGAAAUCAGUGAAGUCUGACAAACCUGAUUCAGAGGAGCAAGCCAAGAUAGCCAAGCUUGGGCUGAAGCUGGGAUUGCUUUCCUCCGAUGCUGACUGUGAAAUCGAGAAAUGGGAAGAUGACGACAACGAGAUCGUUCGACAUGGACGGAAUAUGUCCAGGAUGGCCUAUUCUCUGUAUUUAUUUACUAGAGGAGAGGGGCCACUGAAAACUUCCCAGGACUUAAUUCACUUCCUAGAGGUAAGUUUUAUUUUCACAAGUACUCGGAGAGAUCGGAUCCUGAAGGAUAAGAAGAGAAAGGUGACUGGGGGUGGUUGGAAAGACUCUGUAAGGUUGUUAGAGCUACUUCAAGCAUACAGUCUUUUUUCAAAACAGCUAAAAGAUGAUGACAAACUUAUGCUUCUCCUGGAAAUAAACAAGCUAAUUCCUCUAUGCCACCAGCUUCAGACAAUAACUAAGACGUCUUUGCAGAGUAAAGUGUUUCUAAAGGUUGACAAGUGUGUUACAAAGAUAAAAUCCAUGAUGACUCUCGUGGUCCAGCUCCUCUCCCUUUGCUAUAAGCUACUGAAGAAGAUGGAAAAUAACAGAUGGGUCUCUGCGACAAACAAAGAUGCCAUGGAUGGUCAAACCUGAGCAGCCUGGGGUUCGUCUCUGGAAUACCAUGUGGUACAGCUGACAUUUUAAAAAGCAAAGGAUCCUUUGUACUUUCAUAAGUUCAUCAGUCUUUAAAAGAGGAUGCUGAAAUCUUUCUUUUCUCUGACCUUCAGAUUAGACAUGCACGUUGCUAUGGUGGUUGCUAAGAUUCUAACGGCAGUACAGUUGGAAAACAGACACUGAGCUCAGGUGUUCUUCAGCACACGCCAAAUAUCCCAAGGGUCUUAAUGGCAGCUGAAUCCCAAAGAAGCAAUUGCAAAUGCACGUCCCCCAGCCCCAUCGGCUUCCUUAACUGGUUUUUGAGCUGAUUAUCUACAACACUAAUUUCAGCAGAAAGCAGUGGCCUUGUUGAAUGCAGGGUUUUCUUAGGCCUGGGGACUCUUCUUCAGUUCUUGUUGAAGCAGGAUAAGGGUCCCUCAGAGCCUGGUCCCAGAUCACACCUGCUAGCACUGUUGCUUCUAAUAAGUAUCUCACCGGAUAAGGUUGUUAGGCUGCAACAGGAGUCACUCCAAAGAACCCUGGAGCAACUUCAGAGGAGGAGAUGGUUUUUAUUUUAGCUGUAGUAUGCGUAGCUGACCAGGCAGUCCUGAGUAAUGGAUGGAAUCCUAAGUAUUUCUUACUGGUUUAAUAACACUUCAGAACUAUCCUCAGUAUUGAUGAAAUGACAGUUGCAGACGACAGAACAUUGGAACCAAGAGGCUGUGUAGAUCCCAGAUACCUGUAUGCUGUAUUUCAUGUAUGUGGAAUUGGAAUGCUCAUUAUACAAUAAAUAUUUUUAGUCUUUUUAACUUUAGGGUUUAGACCUUUUCUUGGGCUGGGGAAACAACUCUGCCAGUAACCUGUUUGCCUUGUAAGCUGUGUAAUAAAGCAAGGAAAAGGUUGCCCAGGAGAUCACCCAGCUGAUCUGCUAGACUGUAGAGUAUGAGAACAGGGCCGAGUGAGGGAGCGUGUUCAGUACCAGCAUGUAGAGCUCUCACACCUUUAGCUACCAUCAGAUGCCAACAUAACCAGUCUGUCAAUGGUAUAAUCUUGCAGGUAGCUGUUACAGGGAAUGAUUGAGUGGAACCAUCUUCAGUGAAAUAGACAGGAUUGGUACUAACAUGUGUGAGUGAAAAUUCUGUGAUUUCUUUUUAAACUGAGAAGCAGAAUGCUAACUUCACUGGAUUCUCAGUGUUAAUAAUUUAGUAAUAAAGCAGCUCCCUCAACAAAACUGUUAAGGACCACCAGAUAUAUGGCAACAAUACCAUUAUCUUUAACAACAAAAUAGGUGUAUUAGUAUUAAACAUCAUGGGAUAAUGUACACGUCAAUAAAAACUGCACAUUCAAACUGAA